GUCUUUCGGUAGAUUAAAGUGUACGUUAUUUGUUUCGUUCGUGUUUUCCUGUUAUCCGUACAGAUUAACAUUUUUCAUUAACUGGUUGUAUUUGUUUUGCUUUUGUUUGUGUUAGCAACGUUUGUGUGAAGAAAUUUACUCUAGCUUGCACUGUUUUUCAUUUUAGCAUGCUUUCAAAUGUUUUUAGGUAUCAGGCGUUCCUUUUCCAAUGGCCGACUUCUACAGCCAGGACUACGGAGCACCUGUGGAGUAUAAUAACUCGGAGACUGGUUAUGGGUCCACCACCCAAUCUGCUGCUGCGGGCAACGGGGAGUAUGGACAAUUUUCCUACGAUCAUAUGAGGGAUGAAGAAGAAUACCAGACAGCUUCUAUGCGCAGUGAUAGAAAACCACCAUCUCCUCAGAAUAAAUAUGAUUCUGGCGGUGAUGAUCGUGGUCGGGGCAAGAAGCGCGACCGCAAGAAGUCACGCAGUCGCAGCCGUGAUCGUCGACGUCAUAGCCGAGACCAUGACCGACAUCGUGAUCGUAGCAAAGACCGCAGAUCCAGACGACAUCAUUCUCGCCACCGGUCCCAUUCCAGUCCAACAUUAGUGUACAAAUACUGGGAUGUUCCACCACCUGGUUUUGAACACGUCACACCUGCUCAAUACAAAGCCCUGCAAGCGUCAGGUCAGAUACCAGUCAACGUGUACGCCGCAGGGCAAGUGCCGAUGCCAGUUCAUGCACCAAAUGCUCCUCUGACGCUCACAACUAACGUACCGUUUGCCGGGAGUGCUGUAUGCAGACAGGCUCGCCGUUUGUAUGUCGGCAACAUACCAUUCACUGCAACCGAAGAAAAUAUGAUGGAGUUCUUCAACAAGUAA